AUGUUGUCUAAUAAACGUUUAGUUGUAAUUUGUGCAAUAGCCGUUUGCUGUAACAUAUCCCUCCUAGUUUUAUUUGUCAAAUAUAAUGCAGGUGAAAAAUGUUUUGUUACAAUAAACGAACAUCAAGAAAUUAAAAGCGUUCUUCCGGACGACUUCUUAAGUAUUGGUAUAGAUGCUUCAGAAAUACAAAAUUAUGAUAGAAUAGACUUUAGAAAACCAAGGUUCAGACAAUUGGCGGCGGCAUUAGCGCCUGCACGGCUUCGUCUUGGUGGUACAAUGUCAGAUCGGCUUAUUUUCAGUUCUAAAGAUAUUCCUUACAUUACCUGUAAAUACCACCCUGUGAAUACUUCCAAAUCUGUAUAUAAUGCGGUAAAAAAAUUAUGCAAACACAAAUUCUUGCCGUUCUUUAUACUGACGGGGAAAAAAUGGGAUGAAAUAAAUGGAUUUUGUAAAUCCACAGGGUUAAAAUUAAUAUUUCCAUUUAAUCUCCUUCUGCGUGAUGACCAUGAAUGGAAUAAUCAUAAUGCUAUAGACAUUUUAGAAUAUUCAAAACAAAGAGAAUAUGAAGUGGACUGGCAGCUAGGUAAUGAACCAAACUCUUUACACCAUGUAUUUAAUGUCACUAUCACUCCUGAAAUGUUGGCUCAUGAUUUUAAAAGGCUCCGAAAAAUUUUAAAUCACUAUGGUUAUAAAAAGUCUCUUUUAGUGGGACCAGAUACAACAAGGCCACAGCCCCAUUGCCAUGAAUGUCUUCAAUAUAUGGUGGAAUUUUUAGGCAAUGGUUCAAAUUACAUAAAUGUACAAUCAUGGCAUCAAUAUUAUUUAAACAGCAAAACUGCUAAGCUUGAAGAUUUCUGGAACCCAAGAACAUUUAAUUUACUUAAUGAUCAAAUAAUUACCAUGAAAAACAAUACAUUAAAAUAUAACCAUAUACCAAUGUGGUUAAGUGAAACAAGCAGUUCCUAUGGUGGAGGGGCACCAGGAUUAUCAAAUUCCUUUGCUGGGACUCCUUUAUGGUUAGAUAAAUUAGGAUUAUGUGCAAAGCAUAACAUCACUACUGUAAUCAGACAAAGUUUUUUUGGGGGGAAUUACAGUUUAGUGGAUGAUCAUUUAGAACCAUUACCAGAUUGGUGGCUAAGUGUGUUGUACAAAAAACUUGUAGGAAAUAAGGUGUUACAUGUGCACUGCAAAUGUUCACCUUAUCAAAGAAUGUAUGCCCAUUGUGCCAACAGAAAAUACACCAAUGACACAACAGCUAUAACAAUUUACGCAAUAAAUCUGGAAAUGAACAAGGCUCGGUUCCUGCUGAAUGGUACUGCUAUCCAUGGAAAUGACUUAACCAUUGAUGAAUUCAUAUUAAGUGCUCCUUCUAACAAUAGAAGAACGAAAACAGUGCUAUUAAAUGGCUGGCCAUUAUAUUAUGAAUCUUCAUUACCAGAAAUGGAACCUCAUCACAUUAAAUAUGGAAGACAUAUUUCAAUGCCACCAUAUUCGGUUGCUUUCUGGGUUAUUAAAAACACUUCUGUUAAAGUUUGCAACUGA